GGAAGAGGAGGUUUGGGUCAGAGCGGUGUUGGUCGUGGUCAUGCCUUAGGAGGCGGUGCUGCUCAUCCACUGCAGACGGCCGGGUCUCGAUCCAACAGUCAGAUGGGUGAAAGUAUCGUGGAACGUGUAAAUCAAGCAACGGAACGUUGGGAAGAGGAUGAGCCGUUGGGCGAGAGGGCCACGAAGGCUGCGGUACUGUACGCGAAUGUGAACUAUCCGGAAUGGAAGAAACAGUACCCGGAAUGGUGUGAACGUGUUAAGCAUAUUCAUCGUAUGUGGCGAUCGCUGGACGCGAAUAGUCGUCAGGAAUAUGUGAAUAAAGCGAGAGAGAAUCGUGCAAAUAGAGCAAAGCAACCGCGACUGAAAAGGAUAGCACCAACGCUUCUUCGAGCCACUAUCGGCUCACCGAAGUGUGCGUCGCCAACACGUAACGCUUACCUGACCGCACAGGUGAUCGCUCAUUCUGUACGGUUUGCCGAU